AUGGAGAAGAAUAACGAUCACAGAAAUCCUACAAAUCCUACCGGCGACGAAGAAAUGGCGGCGGAGAAGCUGCUUAAACCGGUUCUGCAGAAACCACCAGGCUAUCGUGAACUUCACGCAACGCCGGAAACUCCAAAUGCCUCGAAUAUUCGUCGCCGUCCGCAAAAACAUAUGAUCCCGGCGUCGUUUUACCCGGAGAAGAAGAAACAUUGGAGUCGUUGCCGCGUCUUUUUCUGCUGCGUCUGCAUCACCGUGGCGAUCGUCAUCCUUCUCCUAAUCCUCACCGUCUCCGUCUUCUUCCUUUGGUACAGCCCGAGACUCCCCGUCGUACGUCUCACCUCCUUCCGCGUCAGCAGUUUCAUUUUUACCGGUGGAAAGUCCAGAGACGGGUUGUCGCAAAUGACGGCGGAGGCCACGGCGAAACUCGAAUUCAGAAAUCCUAACGGAAAGCUACGGUACUAUUAUGGAGACACUGACGUGGCGGUGGCCGUAGGAGAUGGAGAUUUUGAGACGAGUUUAGGGUCAACGAAAGUCAAAGGGUUUGUGGAGAAACCAGGGAAUCGGACGGUUGUGAUCGUUCCGAUCAAAGUGAAGAAACAACAGGUGGAUGAUCCGACGGUGAAGAGGCUUCGAGCGGAGAUGAAGAGUAAGAAGUUGGUGGUGAAAGUGACAGGUAAGACGAAGCUGGGAUUGGCUGUGGGAAGGCGUAAGAUUGUUAAGGUGGGGGUUAGUCUCAUAUGCGGUGGCGUGAAACUACAAACGCUUGAUUCGCAGAUGACAAAAUGCACCAUCACAAUGCUUAAAUGGAUUAAAUUGCACUCAUGA